AUGUCAUCAUCUCAUGGUGGUGAGGAUGAACAGCAACAUAUAAGGAAUGCUGCAGUUGGUAGCUUUGGUGGUAGGGUUGGUCAUAAGGCUGGAGGAUUCAUUGCUAAGAAAUUCUUCCAUCCGUCUAAUCUUAAAAAUCAGGAGAAAUUAUGGUUGAAGAUGGAAGAGAAAAGGAAACAUGAAAGACAACAAGAGGAGUUAAUGAAAAGAAGAGAAGAAGAGAGGAGAGUAGAAUUAUUACGUGAGGAGAUGUAUCGUGCUACAGGGGAAGGAGGAAGCAGCAGCAGCAGUAAAGCUAAUAUAAUAGCACAAGAACUUAGAUCAGGGAAAGGUGGUCUCAUUACGGGUGAUGAUCAACAUCAUAACAAUAUCAUACAACAACAAAAAGAGGUAGUGUAUUAUAUAAGCAUUAUGAUCGGUAUCAUCAUGAUGUUGAUGAUGAUGAAAUGUUUUGAUCAUGGUACUCAGGGUGGUGGUAGUCAUGAAUCAUCACCAGAGGAAGCAGCAGCAGCUGAGACUAAGAAGAGGCUUUUGGCAUUGUCUAAGGAUAAGAAACAACAACAACAAGAAGAAGAAACAGUGGAUGAAGAUGAUGAUGAUGUUAGGGAGUCUAAACUCAUUGUCAAGAGUCGUUAUGAUGAGGAUAACUAUUCUAAUGGCCAUACUUCAGUAUGGGGUACGUAUUAUGAUAGAGCUACUCAUAAGUGGGGUUAUGCUUGCUGCAAGACAUUCGAUCGUUGUGGUUACUGUCCUAAUGCAAGUGAUAGUAAAAGGAGAGUAGCAGCAGAGGGGGAGACUACUGGUGUGAAGGAAAAGAAGAAAAGAAGAAGAAGAUGA